AUGGGCUCCUGGGGUAUCAUUCAAGAUCCUAAGUAUCCUACACCUCCAGGAACAGUCAACCUAAAUGAAAAGGUCGAUUCGGCGAAGCUCGAUGACUGGGAAUAUGAGGAGCCAAAGAAGAUUGGGGACAUUGUUCUCAAUCCACAACCUACAGAUAGUCCCAAUGAUCCUUUGAAUUGGUCUAUGGCCACCAAGAUGGCUAUUCUGUUCAUUCUUUCAUUAACUGCAGGUGUCACGGUCUCACUCGGUCCUAUGAUCACAACAGGUCUCGACGAGGUAGCUAAGGCAUUCGGCGUCACCGACGAUCAAGUAUCAUUCAACCUUGUCGGUUUACUACAACUCACCACUGGCUCUGGUACAUUCUUUACAGCAGCAGCCGCCGCAGUCUGGGGCAAGCGGCCCGUAUUCAUCAUCUCAACACUUUUUCUCUUCGGCACCAGUGCUUGGGGCUUCUUUGCUGGAAGCUUCAUAUCCCUCACUCUCAUGCGAGUCAUCCAAGGUUUCUCCGCCGCCCCUCUCGAGACCCUCGUCAGCGCCACCGUCUCCGAACUCUUCUUCGUCCACGAGAAAGGAAAGAUGUUAAGUAUCUGGAACCUGUUCGUCAUGGGCGGCGUCAAGCUCGGCCAACUGAUCGCCGGCUUUAUCAUCCAGAACCUGGGCUUCAAAUUCACAUUCGGCAUCUGCGCCGCCAUCUACGCCGCCAUCAUCCCCUUGAUGUAUUUCUUCGUCCCCGAAACCGUCUACUUCGCCAAGGACCCAGAGACCGAAGUCAUAUUCGACAAAUCCUCCCUCCGCGUCUACGAAAUCAUCCUCCCAGAACCCAAAAAAACCUACCCCCAACGCCUCAAAAUAUUCCAAGGCCGCGUCUCCCACGCCUCCUUCUGGCGUACCGCUUUCAAGCCCCUCCCUCUGAUUACCUUUCCCGCCGUCAUCUACGCAGCCUUCACCUACUCCGUCUACGCCGCGGGCCUAACCCUCAUCGCCCUCCUGCAAGACACCAUCUUCUCCGCCGCGCCCUACAACCUCUCCUCCUCCGCCAUCGGGCUGACCAACCUGCCGCUCUUCGGCGUCGGUCUCGUCGGAACCCUCGUCUCGGGCUACUGCGCCGACUUCGUCGUGCAGUUCAUGACGCGCCACAACAACGGCGUCUACGAGCCCGAGUUUCGCCUGGUCCUGAUGCUCGUCGCCACGUCCCUCUCCACCGUCGCCUACAUCGGGUUCGGAUACUCAGUGGCUGCUGGCGCGACGAUAUAUAUCCCGAUCGCGUUCCUGGGCGUGCAGACGAUGGCGGUGCCGUUUGCGACGAGUGCCAUGUUUACGUACGUGAUGGAUUGCCAUCCGGGACACGCGGCGCAGGCGUUUGUGACGAUGAAUUUCGUGAAGGCGUUGUUGAGUCUGGUGAUGAGUAAUUUUGUCAAUGGGUUUUUUGAGGGGAGUGGGGCGAGGACCGUUUUCACGGUGGUGGCAGUUGCGAAUUUGGGGGUUAGUGCGUGUAGUUUGCCGAUGUAUCUUUUUGGGAAGAGGGUGAGGAGUUGGGUUGCUAGGAGUGGGUUUCAUCAGAAGAUUUAG